UUUCUUUACGGUCAAGCCAGAAAAGGAGUAUAGAGAGAGUGAGAGGGGCCUUUGCUUUGAUAGUUCACAUAUACAGAUAAAUCUUUUUCUAAAAAAGAAAGAGGCAAAAACCCAAAUUACAUUUAUCAUCUCUGUGAAAUCUCUCUCUGUCAGAGUGAUGGCCGCUCUACAGUAUCUGGAGUCAUUGCGCAACGCGCAUCCCGAACUAGCUGAAUGGUACAAUUCGCUUGCAGAUCUGUAUCAAAAGAAGCUAUGGCACCAGCUCACUCUCAAGCUCGAGCAGUUCGUUGCUCUCGCCGUCUUUCAGGCUGGUGACGCUCUGAUACAGUUGUAUCACAAUUUUAUCUCCGAUUUUGAGACCAAAAUUAAUCUUCUCAAGCUUGCCCACUUUGCGGUUAUAGUUUCUCGGCAGUAUAAAGAGAAAGAAGCUGCCAUCAGUUAUCUUCAAGGUGUAAUUGAAAAGCUUAUAGCAACUAGAGAACUACGCAUUGAUGAGCCAAUUCUUUACAUUAAGAUGCAAUUAGCUAUCUUGAAGCUCGAGCAAGGGGAUCAAAAAGAGUGCAAGAAACUUCUAGAAGAUGGAAAGAGUACACUAGACAGCAUGACUGAUAUUGAUCCAUCUGUUUAUGCCAGUUACUAUUGGGUUUCAUCUCAGUACCAUAAGUACCGCCAAGAGUUUGCUGAGUUCUACAAAAGUUCUCUUCUUUAUCUGGCAUAUACAUCAGUGGAAUCCCUCUCAGAUUCAUUCAAGCUGGAUUUGGCAUUUGAUCUUUCCCUCUCUGCGCUUCUGGGAGAUAACAUCUACAACUUCGGAGAAUUGCUUGCUCAUCCAAUUAUCAAGAGCCUUCUGGGAACACAAGUUGAGUGGCUCUACUAUAUCCUUCAAGCAUUCAAUUCUGGGGAUCUAGUUCGCUACCAAGAAUUAUGCCGUGUGCAUAACGCAUCUCUGAGGGCCCAGCCAGCAUUAGUUGAGAAUGAACAGAAGCUAUUGGAAAAAAUUAACAUUCUUUGCCUGAUGGAGAUUAUCUUUAGCCGUCCUUCUGAAGAUCGAACUAUUCCAUUAACUAUCAUUGCUGAGCGCACUAAGCUCUCCGUUGAGGAUGUGGAGCAUCUUCUCAUGAAGAGUCUUUCCGUCCAUCUUAUUGAGGGUAUAAUUGAUCAAGUCGAGGGAACAGUACAUGUGUCCUGGGUGCAGCCAAGAGUUCUGGGGAUUCCACAGAUCAAAUCCUUGCGAGACCGACUGGAUAACUGGUUGGAGAAAGUUCACACUGCUUUAGUAUCCAUCGAAUCUGAAACACCGGAUCUAGUUGCAUUGUGAUUGUCUAUCUUUUGGUUGUUUUCCUUGUGUUUCUUAAUUACCUCCCCGCCCACUGUAACAAUUUCUUAAUUGAAAAGGGAAAAACUCGUAGGCAGCAAAAAGUGGAGAGACAAUAGUAAGUCACUUGGGCUUUUCAUAUUGUAGAAUCCUUUUUACUGAAUCAUUUUUCUAAAAGGAGCAGCUAUGUACUUUCUUUCACUUUGAAUUUGUCUGUCAGCUAGUAAGAUGGGAUGCCUACUCGAGAUACAGUAUUCUAUUGAGCAAGAAAAAGGUUCAGCGUGGUUACUUAAACUAAGUAAUUUGAUUA